AUGGCGAGAGCGGGUGGGAUCACCAACGCGGUGAAUGUGGGAAUUGCAGUGCAAGCAGAUUGGGAGAACCGGGAAUUCAUCUCUCACAUUUCCCUCAAUAUCCGUCGCCUCUUCGAAUUCCUCGUCCAAUUCGAGGCUACAACAAAGAGCAAAUUGGCAUCAUUGAAUGAGAAGCUUGAUACGCUAGAGCGUCGUCUAGAAUUGCUUGAAGUUCAAGUGGGUACUGCAUCAUCCAACCCAUCUCUUUUUGCUACAUGAUGUCCAAGUGGGUACUACAUCAGCCAGCCUAUCUCAUCUUACUACAUUGUGUUUACUGGAUCAUAUUGUUGUAGAGUAAUAGCUUACCCAUAAGCACCACUUGUCUUGCUUGUGAACAGAUUCUGUUAAUCUUGGAAACCAUUUUAAGAUUAAUAUAUCCAUGUGGUUUCAUA